GCUAUAAAAGUCAAAUCUUAUCGUUUGGGACUGUCAGUUCUUUAUUAAAAACCAAGUUUCGGAGUUUUUAUUAUUUUUCAAUUGUACAAAUUGUUUACGGGAAUGAGAGAUUUAUUAUUACUGGUCAUUGCCAUUUUGGCAGUGACGGAGAACGCUUUUGCCGAAAUACAUGAAAUUCCAACAAAAUGUCCAGAAUCUUCAGGAAAAACCGUACAGCUCGCUCACAAACACGAUUGUACCAAGUUUUACGAAUGUUCCAAUGGGCAGAAACAACUCUUGAAUUGCCCAGAAUUUGCCCCCGGACAGAAGCUACAUUUCGAUCCUGAACUUCAAAAUUGUACUUUGCCAUGGGAGGCAAAUUGCGCGUCAAGAGCCCCGGAUUGUUCAAAGGACGAAUUCAUACAACCUCAUCCCACCAACUGUAGCCUAUAUUACAAAUGCGAGAACGGGGAAAAAGUCUUAAAAACGUGUGACGAGGAACAGCUGUUUUGUUCCGACUCUCUAGAAUGUGUACACAAAGAUGCCGCCAAGUGUAAAGUUUACGAUUCAUGUCCAACAAGUAAAUUGUUGGAAGCUGUACUUCUCCCACAUGAUAGCGAUUGCCAUCAUCAAUCGCAGUAUUAUGAAUGUGUCGAUGGACUAUACGCUGUAAGACAGUGUCCAUCGGGUCAUGUAUUCGACGAUGAACGUAGACAAUGUGUGUCUAAUGUCCACUGUCCUGCAACCGGUACUAAGAGAAUUUCUCAUGAGACGGAUUGCGGUUUGUACUACGAAUGCGUGGAUGGUGUGAAAGUAGAGAAAGUUUGCGAAGAUGGAUUGUCUUUCGAUGAAACCAAGAGUAUAUGUACUUGGCCUCCGAGACACGAGUGUUCAUCGAACUUCAAACAAAACGAUCUGGCCACAUACUUCCUACCUUAUGCAGUGGAGGAAAGAGAUGUUCUAGAUUGUCCACCAGAAGGAUAUACAUUCAUACCACACGAAUGCUCUUGUACCAAGUACUACUCUUGCGAAGACGGAAAUAAGUAUGUUAGUGAAUGUCCUGAAGGCAUGAUAUAUGAUUAUAUUAGAGAAGUUUGCGAUUUGCCGCAUGCCGCCAUAUGUAAGAACGAAAUGUAUACUAACGACACGUUCCUAAAUGAAAAUUGUUAUUUUUCAUCUGAUUGUCCAUCUGAUGGCCAUAGUCGCUAUCCUCAUGAAACUAAUUGUAAUUUAUUUUACGAUUGCUUCAACGGUCGCAAAUGUCGUAUGUCGUGUUACCAAGGGUACGUCUUCAAUCCAGUAAUCAGCUCGUGCGAUCUACCUAAGAAUGUUCCCAACUGCCACGAUUAUGUAUCUUCAACUACGUCUACGACAUGGCGCCCGCCUACAACUACGUCUACGACAUGGCGCCCGCCUACAACUACGUCUACGACAUGGCGCCCGCCUACAACUACGUCUACGACAUGGCGCCCGAUCAAUUGCCCGGAAGGAAGCCAACAGCAUCACGAGUGUAACUGCGAUGCAUAUUACUUAUGUCGGAACGGACAAUACCAAUGGAUGAGAUGUCCCGCAGGCGAAAAGUUUGAUUCGAUUAAGAAGUUAUGUAUGCCAGCAGGCAUUGCUCAAUGUUACAGAUCUGAUAGCAUCGACUGUGAGGGCACAUGUUCGUCAAGUAAUAGCAAUUUGCCCCACAAAGACUGCAACAAGUAUUGUACAUGCGAUAAUGGAAUUACCACAAUUCGAAAUUGUUACCCACAUACGUAUUACGACCGAUACAGAGACAUCUGUAAUUGGCCAGAGGACAUAAAUAACUUGCCGAAACAAUGUAAUCCUUCCGACUGUAGUUUCGGUGACAAUUAUGUUCCUCAUGAAUGUUACUGUGACAGAUAUUAUAAAUGCUCAGGCAAUGCGAAAUUCAUUUUUUUGUGUGAAAGCGGAAAGCUCUUUGACUAUACAGAAGAAAAAUGCAUUGACAGUACAUAUGCUCACCAAUAUUGUAGAUGUAGCGGUAAUAUCGAGCAAUGUGCCAGCGGUCUGAAAUACGAUAAAGUCUCAGGAGAAUGUGCCUGGCCCGAAAACGUAGAUUUAAAAUCGCACUCAUGCCCGCUCAUAACUGACUGUACCAGAACUUCCAGGUUUAUACCCCAUAAUUGUCAAUGUAAGCUUUACUAUACAUGCGAAAACGGAAACAAAUAUCUCUCAGAAUGCCCUGGUGCAUCAUCUUUUGAUUAUGUACUCGCGACCUAUGUGGAUAAAGAGGCCCAUUGUUACCAUGAAUACUCGUCAAGAACGGUUGAUCACUGUAUAGAGCACUGUCCGGAGCAGACGUCUUCUAGUCCGAUUAUCCGUUUGCAACACCAAGAUUGCAACAAAUACUGCAUAUGUUCAAUGGGGGCUCCUUAUGUCAUCAAUUGCCCUGGAUGUAGUCGGUAUGACAGUCGACGUCAGACCUGUGUACCUUCAGAUGUUUGCAAUUGCGACUUACGAGCAAGCAAAACUUUGUGGUCGGAUGUACCAUUUGUGAAUAAUUUUCAUUUAUUAUUACUGGUCAUUGCCAUUUUGGCAGUGACGGAGAACGCUUUUGCCGAAAUACAUGAAAUUCCAACAAAAUGUCCAGAAUCUUCAGGAAAAACCGUACAGCUCGCUCACAAACACGAUUGUACCAAGUUUUACAAAUGUUCCAAUGGGCAGAAACAACUCUCGAAUUGCCCAGAAUUUGCCCCCGGACAGAAGCUACAUUUCGAUCCUGAACUUCAAAAUUGUACUUUGCCAUGGGAGGCAAAUUGCGCGUCAAGAGCCCCGGAUUGUUCAAAGGACGAAUUCAUACAACCUCAUUCCACCAACUGUAGCCUAUAUUACAAAUGCGAGAACGGGGAAAAAGUCUUAAAAACGUGUGACGAGGAACAGCUGUUUUGUUCGGACUCUCUAGAAUGUGUACACAAAGAUGCCGCCAAGUGUAAAGUUUACGAUUCAUGUCCAACAGGUAAAUUGUUGGAGGCAGUACUUCUGCCGCAUGAUUGCCAACGUCAAUCGCUGUAUUACGAAUGUGUCGAUGGACAAUACGCUGUAAGACAGUGCCCAUCGGGUCAUGUAUUCGACGAUGAACGUAGACAAUGUGUGUCUAAUGUCCACUGUCCUGCAACCGGUACUAAGAGAAUUUCUCAUGAGACGGAUUGCGGUUUGUAUUACGAAUGCGUAGAUGGUGUUAAGGUACAGAAAGUUUGCGAAGAUGGAUUGUCUUUCGAUGAAGCCAAGGGUAUAUGUACCUGGCCUGCGAGAUACAAGUGUUCAUCGAACUUCAAUCAAACCGACCUGGCCACAUACUUCCUACCUUAUGCAGUGGAGGAAAGAGAUGUUCAAGAUUGUCCACCAGAAGGAUAUACAUUCAUACCACACGAAUGCUCUUGUACUAAGUAUUACUCUUGCGAAGACGGAAAGAAGUUUCCCGCCAUAUGCCCUAAUGGCAUGGUAUAUGAUUUUAUUAGGAAAGUUUGCGAUUUACGGGAUGUCGCUAUAUGUUGGAAUCAAAAGUAUUCUCACGAUGGUUACUUAUACGAAAAUUGUCAGAAUUCACCUGAGUGUCCACCCACUGGCUAUGUUCGCUAUCCUGCUGGAACGUGCUCUAAGCUUUAUUACGAAUGCUCGAACGGUAUCAAAUGUGAUCGGUCGUGUAGCGAAGGGCUAAUUUUCAAUUCACAUAAGAAACAGUGCGAUAUACCCGAAAACGUUGAGGGCUGCAACGGUGAUCAACCUACUACUAGUACUACUACUUCUACGACUACGACUACGACUACGACUACAACUACAACUACUACUACGACGUGGCGCCCGCCCUAUUGCAUUGAAGGAAACCAAUUACCUCAUGAGUGUAACUGUUAUGCAUAUUACGCAUGUCGCAACGGAGAAUACCAAUGGAUGAAAUGUCCUUCAGGCGAAAAGUUUGAUUGGGCGGAGAGGAAAUGUAUGUCAGACGACAUUGCUCAAUGUCGCCCUUCAGGACAGAACGAAUGCCAAGGCAGUUGUUCGUCAAGCAGUGGCCGGUUGCCCCACAGGGAAUGCAACAAGUUUUGUGAAUGCGAACAUGGAACUGCCACAGUUAGAAUAUGUGGCCGUCAUACGUAUUACGACCGGUCCAGAAAAUACUGCAACUUUCCAGAAGCCAUACAGGACAGUGACUUGCCGACGUACUGUAAUCCUAGCGAAUGUAGUUUCGGUGACAAUUAUGUUCCUCACGAGUGUUUCUGUGACAGAUAUUAUGCUUGUAUAAACAAUAAGAAAUAUCUUCAGUUCUGUAAAAGCGGAGAUGGCUUUGACUAUGAAGCUGAAAAAUGCGUUGAUAUUAAUUAUGCUCACUGUUUACAGUAUUGAUUAAGGAUUGUCAACAAUAUUGUAGAUGUAGCGAUAGGAACGAGCAAUGUGCCAGCGGUCUGUACUACGAUAUAAUAUUGGGAAAACGUGCCUCAAAACGCAAAUUUAUCGUCGAACUGUCCGUCUCUAACUGAUUGUAGCAGUAAUAUUGGUGCUGUACCCCAUUAAUGUAAAUGUACACUUUGCUAUGAAUGUGAUGAAAGAUCCAAAUAUUGCGAGGUAUGCGAUACUCGAUUAAAGUUUGAUUAUGUACUCAGAAGCUGUAUGAGUAAGAAUGCUCAUUGUUGCAACUGCAACUUACUGCCAAACAAACAUUUGUGAUUUUUCGGAUAUACCAUUUGUGAAUAAUUUUCGUUAAAAGCUGGAAAAUGAAUCGUAGAAUCAAAAAGAAAUAAAUUCGUAGAAUAAUUACUAAAGAUAAAUGGUUUGUCGUAACACCUUCAUCGAGUAUCACUGAAUUUCAGCACAUUACAAUGCUGCAUUGUUGAAACGUAAUGCUAUCCUUAUAUUUUAUUUAAUUUAUAGAAUCUUUUAUGAUGACUGCAUUGAAUUUGAUUACAGAUAGCAAAUUUUCUGUAAAUAAUAAAAUCAGUGAUAAAUGAUAUCAUUUAAUGAACAUUCAUUGUUAUAUGUAUACAUAGCAUAAAACUAUAACAAUUUAAUUAUAUUCGAUUCAUCGCCACGUAUAUUGUCACAAUUUUAUUUUGUAAAAGUGCGACUGAUUAGCAAAAACAUUACCAUAAAUGUAGUAGUUACAUACAAUGCAAAUGUUGAUUACAGUUUGCAUUCACAGCGCUCCUAAAUAUAUAUCUAAGUAUAUAAUAUA